UUUCGAACAGAGAAAAACGCAGAUUAUGGCAAGGUAUGUUUUAGAUUCGAUUCCCUUCACCCACGAUCCCUCCUCAUGAAAAGACUUUGUAUUUUGCUUUCAGCCAUGAUGUCAUAGCAUGGUUUUUCUAGCGAUGCACCUCGUGGGUUUCAGAGUCUCUGCAGCUCUCUGGAUCGCGAACGCUGAGGGAUUAAAACUCUCUCUUGCACUUACCCAAAGCAUGCCCAAUUUAUCGAUCUUGCACCCCACUAUAGACUGAGGAAGGAAGAGGGCCUAUUUCGGCUCAAGUUUUUAUUUUUUUCUCCAUUGUUUCGUGUCUUGCUAUGGGCUUGAGUAUAAAUGCCACUCCCCUCCCUGUAAUUCUAAGUAACUUUAUUAGCCCUAACUGUCACUCAUACCUACAAAUAGCCAAAUCACACAUCUCUAAUGAGUAGCAUCCACUCAAACGCGUCGCAAACCGAGCCGGAGGAGGCGGUUGGCCUUCCUUUACCGGAAACGCCCAGCAAGAAGCAGGGCUGGCGUGAGAUCUUUCUUCUCAGUUUUGCCUCGUUGGGGGCAAUUUACGGGGACUUGGGGACGUCGCCGUUGUAUGUUUUAAACACAAUGUUUGCCAAUAAGCCGAGCCCCAGUCGCAACGAAGUUUAUGGUGCCGUGUCGUGUGUUUUCUAUGUGUUCACCAUCAUCGUCAUCAUCAAAUACGUCUUUAUUGUGCUAGUGAUUGGGCCCAACAACGGUGAGGGUGGUCAGGUGGCUAUCUACGCCAAGAUUGCUCGAAGCUUGAACGUUGGUCCAAAGGGGGUGAUCAUUCCGGGAUCGGAAAAGGAGCAGGAUACCUUAGCGCUUGCGAGAACUGACACUUCCAACACGUUCUAUUCAACGAAAUCUGUGAUGAGCUUGAAAAGGGACUCGCCGUUAAUGGUUGGUUUUGUCUCCAAGCUUAUCUUGUGCUGCUGCUUCCUUGGCUGCGCUUUGGUCAUUUCUGACGGUCUUUUGACCCCUACCACCUCUGUAUUGAGUGCCAUUGCCGGUAUUCAGGUGGCCCAACCAUCGUUCAGCAACGUCUUGGCCGUUUCUGAAGUCAUUCUUGUGUUUCUCUUUGUUAUCCAGCAGUUUGGCUCGGCCAAGAUUUCCUUCACUUUUGCCCCAAUUAUCUUUAUCUGGCUCGUGGGCUUGCUCAUCUGCGGUAUCUACAACAUUGCGCACCACCACCCUGGAAUUUUCCGUGCGUUGUCACCAUACUACGCGGUAGAGUUUUUGAAGACCGGUGGCAUUGACGUGUUGGGGGCUGCGAUGCUUGCUAUCACCGGUACCGAGGCCAUGUUUGCGGAUAUCGGCCACUUUGGCCGUCUUCCAGUGCAGCUCACCUUGGGAGGGUUUGUUUACCCCUGCUUGAUCAUCUGUUAUCUCGGCCAGGGGGCUUACUUAGUGAAAUUUCCGGACGCCAUCAGCAACCCUUUCUUCCUCUCUAUCCCAGGUGGUACCGGCGGCGGGGUUUACUGGGUCAUGUUUGUGUUGGCCACCUUGGGGACUAUCAUCGCAUCGCAGGCCUUGAUCUUGGGUGUCUUUAGUAUUGUGGCCCAAUUGAUCAACUUGGACUGUUUCCCCAAGUUCAAGAUUGUUCAUGUGUCCAAGAACUACUCGGGGAAGGUAUACAUCCCGAUGGUUAACUGGAUAUUGAUGGUUGGUGUUUUAUGCACCACUGCAGGGUUCAAGAACAGUAACAACGUGACAGCUGCGUACGGGUUGGGUAUCACCUUGGACUUUGUCGUCACAAGUAUCUUACUCGUUGUCUGCAUGGUGUACGUCUACGAAUGGAACAUCUUCAUUCCAAUAUUCUACGCUGCCUGCUUCCUUCCUUUGGAGAUCAUCUUGGUGAUUGCCAACGUAAAGAAGAUUGUCCACGGUGCGUGGUUCCCCGUCUUGAUUGCCGGUUUGGGCUUCUGCUUCUUGCUUUUCUGGAGAUGGGGCAGAUCAAAGAAGGUGGAUCAGGACUUCAGGAGCAGAGUCAGAAUCAACGACUUGUUCCCGAACUUGCACGAUGAGAGAGAACACAGCCCUGCGUACUACUUGAGAGAAGGGGAGGAGACGUAUGAUUUGACAAAGAAAGCGGAAGACACGGAAACGCAGGCGACCGCUGAGGAAAACGUGGAUCUCUCGUCUCUUUCUAUGGAUGCCGCUGUGUCUGUGCAACGCCAGCCCUCCAACGUCGGGGUGUCCCUCACGUAUGACUUGCCCGUCCCACCUAGACGCGCCACAAAGGCCGCGGUGUUUGUUGAUCCAUUAACAGCGAAAACCAUGUUGGGCCGUGUGAGCUUGAGCAGGUACGAAGGUGUGGGUAUUUUGUAUACCGAUGCCUCCUUCACUCUGAGAUCCCCAAACACCGUGCCACAAAUUUACAAGCACUUGGUGUCGUCUUUCCCGUCAAUUCCCGAAGUGUUCAUUUUCUGCGGUACCUGCAUCACAUCCUCGCCAACUUACGACCCACUCGAGAGAAUCGAUGUGGUGCCAAUGAAGAUCUUGGGCCAUUAUAGAUGCAUCUUGAAGUUUGGCUUUAUGGAGGAGAUUGCCCUCGAUAAUGAGUUGGUGGCGGGGAUUCUUGCACGCAUCCCUGAGGUGCACCGGAUGACCGAGAAGAAUUCCAGCGAUGGAAUCUUGUCGCCUACCGGUGGCUUGUCGGUUCCGACGUUGCACAUUUUUGAACACGAAAUUAUCAGAUCCAGAAGAUACAUCCACAAUCCUACCAAAAACCCAUUCCUUAGGGUCGGAAGGGCUAUCCGUCGCAGUUCCAUUAACUACUUCUUCAGUCCGUUGAACGGAGCGUUCCAGUCCAAGGGCAGAAUGUUGAAGGUGGAUGACGAGGCCGACGAUUCGCAGGACAGAAUUUACAUCGGUAACGUGGUGAGGAUCUGAGUGGGAGUCCGUUUUUUUCAGUUUCAUUCGUUUGGCGGUUUAUUAAUAACCCAAGGGUUUAAGCGGAAUUUAAUAGAAUUUUUUGGUUAAUCCCUGUAAAGCAACUAAAGAUGCCGCUUAAUUAUGCUGACGUCGUUGUGUGAUAUAACGGCACUCUAUUUUAAACCGAU